AUGUUUGAUUUUUCCUUCCCAACGCCGGCUAGCGCUGGGACCCGAAUGGGGCCGGCCAGCUGCGAGCUGCGUUUCUCCAGGGUAGACGCCACCGCAGUCACUGAUGUCCCUUUUCAAAGGAUGCACGCUCCCCACCGGGCGCCGGAGGUGUUUUGCAGCCGCUCUGCCAGAGGCGCGGGUAGGGGGCACCCUACACCCAUCCCCAGAGUCCGCUGGGCACAGGCUGGGAAUCAGCUUUGCUGCUGUGCCCAGCUCCUCUCGGGCCGCGGGGGCUCUGGGACUCAGCUUCGUGCGGGAUGGGUCCGGGGCGCAGCUGUGGGAGACCUAUUUAUUCCGCUGCUGGGGAAGGAAGACGGAGAAGAGGAGGGGACAGUGCUUUCCUACAGGUUUACGGUGCAUAUCUCCAACAUCACAGGCAUUGUAGGUACAACAGUGAGCAAGACAAAACUAGCUCUUGUCCUCAUGGAACUUACUUUCUAG